AUGCCUCCUUCCCUUCGGACGCGGACUUCCAAUCGCACAACGUUGACACUUCCCGGCCCUGCCCAAGCAACAUUCACCUUUCUACCCGACGAGAACAAGGUCAAAGUCACCAUCCCACCAACAUCGACAUGGUCCAUGCGAGCCCACUGGCACGACCGGCCCGAACUCUGCGAGGACAUCUCUAUUCUACCGGGCGGUUAUUUCCAAAUCUAUCGCUCCACAGGUGUAUAUGCGAACUACACCACCAGCGGCAUACACGGACUGAGCGUCAAACUACGACCUGGAGAGCGGUGCGGCUGGGGUUUCCGCUCGGCAUCUUCGCAAGUCCGCAACGCCGAUCUAGAAGUCUUGAUAUCGCAGCAUCUGUCAAAAGCCACGGAGGAGGCAUGGCGCAACAUUGUCUCGGCGACACUCGACGCCGAGCUGUGGCCAGAACUGGCUAGCACGCCACUUCCCUUGAAGGUCAGCCUUCGUUUGCUCCGCAAAACUCCAUUCGUUGGUCAACGAAUGUGGACGAGGAUCGUCCGGGCAGUCUUGUGGAUGCAGAUCCUGCUCAUCUGCCAACGACACGAGCUGGACAUCUGGCUUGGCGAGCUGGGCAUCUGCUGGUUCUGGGCUGCCUGGCGCAAUGAAGUUGCACCAGAAUGGGCGCAGAGCAUCGAGUGGAACUCUGCCGAGUGGCUGACCUGGCUGGUGAUGCUGGUCGUUGGGGCUUUGGGGAGGGGGGUACUGGGACUGAAGGAUGGGUAUGAUGAGUAUUACCGAGGGACUGGUACAAACGCUGCUAGUGCAGGGUUUGGGGAUGAGAAGUUCGGUAACAAUUGCUAA